AUGAGCGACAAACAACCUAUAGCAAUUGUUGGAAUAACUGGUAAUCAAGCAGGAGCAACAGCCAAGCAUCUUUUGGAAAACGGAGCCCAUGUCCGUGGUAUUGCUCGUGAUCCUUCCAAAGCCGUUGAGUGGGUGAAUUCAAAGGCGGAGCUGGUCACCGGUAGCAUGGAGGACUAUGAUAGCUUGGUUCAAGCUUUUACAGGUGUCCGUAGUGUCUAUUUCGCAACGCCUUUCAUAGUUGAUGAUGCCGAGAUACAAAUGGGCAAGAACGUGGUGGAUGCUGCCAAACAAGCCGGCGUAUCACAUUUGGUGUUUUCCUCAGUGUGCAUUGUUGAAGAGUGUCGCAUGGUGCCUCACUGGAACACCAAAUACGAGAUCGAGCAAUACAUGCGUGCAAGUGGUAUUCCUUUCACGAUUGUGCGGCCAGCGUUAUUUAUGGACAACUUCACAUCCACGGGCAUGUUUCCCAGCAAAGGGGACAAAAUGUGUGGUAUGCUGAGCCCCGACAGGAAACAACAGCUCAUCAAUGUCAAUGACAUCGGCUAUGUGACCUCGACCAUCAUGUUGAAUCCUGAAGCAUACAUUGGAAAAACCAUUGAGCUUGCCAGCGACUAUUUAUGCGGCAAUGAAAUGGCUCAAAUUCGUAGCAAGCUAUUGAAUGGCACUGAUGGUACCGAAGGUACCUACACAGCCAUCCAUUUCACUGAACCCCAUAUAAAGGCCAUGGUGGACUUUAUGGAAACACACGAUUAUAUAGCUGACAUCCCCCAGCUCAAAAAGGAAUUCCCGAAGUUGCGUACCUGGGAAGAAUUCGUCAAAGAAGAACUUGUAGAGAAAUAA